AUGAGUCCUUCUCGAAGGACUUUCCAGAUCUUGGGGUAUCUGCUGGCAGGGCUGUGGCUAGCUUCUUGUCAGUCUUUGCUUCCCACGAUUUCCCCAAACAAAGAUGAAAUGGUUGUGCAACUGAAUUCCCCCUUCACCCUGAAAUGUUCUGGAGACAGUGAACUGAGUUGGCAACAUCCAGUACCUGAUGGGAAUGACACAAUCGAUGUCAGAAGUGAAGAGAACAACAGCGGCCUGUUUGUGACUGUGCUUGAAGUAGCAAAGGCUUCAGCCACUCACACCGGAUUGUACAUUUGUUACUACAAUCAUUCUCAAGAGGAAGAUGUGGAGGUGGAGGGGAAGGAGAUUUAUAUCUAUGUGCCAGAUCCAGCUGUCCCUUUUGUUCCUACACCCCCAGAAGACCAAAUCAUUUUCAUCACUGAUGAAGACGAGUCCUCCGUCAUUCCUUGCCGCACGAGUGAUCGUAAUGCUCAAGUAACCCUCAUGAACAAUGAAGGGAAAAUCAUAUAUGCCUUUUAUGACAACAAACAGGGCUUCAUUGGAAACUUCUCGGCAGGCUCCUACGUGUGCAAGACCACUGUUAAGGCGGUGGAGGUUCUCUCUAGUGAAUUUAUUGUCUACGUUUACAGAGCUACUUCACAGCUUCCUGUUGAGAUCGGGUCCCUCAAGACUGUGUAUAAAACUGGAGAAACUAUUGAUGUAACUUGUGUGGUCCUUGAAAAUGAACUGGUGAACUUGGAGUGGAGUUAUCCAGGGAAAGUGAAGAACAAAGGUACAAUCACAGUUGAAGACAUCAAAAUUCCAUCCCAGAAGCUGGUGUACAGCUUGAAAAUCCCAGAUGCUUCAGUAGAAGACACUGGAGAUUAUGAAUGUGCAGCACAGCAUGUGACCAAUGAUGUUACAAAAACCCAAAAGAUAGUAAUCACAGUUUAUGAUAAGGGGUUCAUUAGCCUGGAGCCCCAUUUUAGCCUCCUGGAAGAUGUCAAUCUACAUGGAGUUAAAAACUUCAUGCUUGAUGUGUAUGCAUACCCAGCUCCCAAAAUACUCUGGCUGAAGAAUAAUGUGACCCUGAUUGAGAAUCUCACAGAGAUUGUCACUAGUUCCAAGCAGAUUAGUGAAACAAGGUACCGAAGUGUAUUAAAACUAAUUCGUGCCAAGGAAGAAGACAAUGGAAAUUAUACAGUUGUAGUACAGAAUGAAGAUGAAAUUCAAAGAUAUACUUUCUCUCUGCUCAUACAGGUUCCAGCUAUAAUUCAGGACCUGAUAGAUGUUCAUCAAGGCUCAGCUGCACAGACAGUGAGAUGCUUGGCCAAAGGGACGCCCCUUCCAGAUGUGGAAUGGCUGGUUUGCAAGGACAUUAAAAGAUGCAGCAAUGAAAGUUCGUGGACGCUUCUGACUAACAAUAUCUCAGACAUUACUAUGGAUGUUCACUUUGACGAGAAAAACACAGUUGAGAGCCAGGUGACCUUCCAGAAAGUGGAAGAGACGUUAGCAGUCCGAUGCAUGGCAAGGAACGACCUUGGUACCGUUACACGAGAACUGAAGCUUGUGGCGCCUACUUUGAGAUCUGAACUGACGGUGGCUGCUGUAGUCCUUGUGUUGCUAGUGAUUGUAAUAAUUUCGUUGAUUGUCCUGGUAAUCAUAUGGAAACAGAAGCCAAGAUAUGAAAUAAGAUGGAGAGUCAUUGAGUCCAUCAGUCCUGACGGCCAUGAGUACAUUUAUGUGGAUCCCAUGCAGCUACCCUAUGACUCAAGAUGGGAGUUUCCCAGGGAUGGAUUAGUGCUGGGCCGGAUCCUUGGCUCUGGAGCUUUUGGGAAAGUAGUUGAAGGAACUGCAUACGGAUUAAGCCGGUCUCAGCCAGUGAUGAAGGUGGCUGUGAAAAUGUUGAAGCCAACAGCAAGAACCAGUGAAAAACAGGCUCUCAUGUCUGAACUGAAGAUAAUGACCCAUCUUGGACCCCACUUGAACAUUGUGAACCUGUUAGGAGCUUGUACAAAAUCAGGUCCAAUUUAUAUCAUUACGGAAUACUGCUUUUAUGGAGACUUGGUGAAUUACCUUCAUAAAAACAGAGACAACUUUCUGAGCCGAAAUCCUGAAAAAUUCAAGAAAGAUCUGGACAUCUUUGGAAUGAAUUCGGCUGACGAAAGUACUAGAAGCUACGUGAUCCUGUCUUUUGAAAAUAAUGGCGAAUAUAUGGAUAUGAAACAAGCGGAAACAACUCAGUAUGUGCCAAUGUCAGAAAGGAAAGACAGGUCAAAAUAUUCGGACAUCCAGAGGUCUCUGUACGAUCGGCCUGCUUCAUAUAAGAAGAAAUCUGUGUUGGAACCAGAUGUGAAGAACCUCCUUUCUGAUGAAAAUUCUGAAGGCCUCACUUUGCUGGACCUCCUGAGCUUCACUUACCAAGUUGCACGGGGAAUGGAGUUCUUAGCUUCUAAAAAUUGUGUACACCGUGACUUGGCAGCCCGGAAUGUCCUCUUGGCUCAAGGAAAAAUUGUGAAGAUCUGUGACUUUGGUCUGGCUAGAGACAUCAUGCAUGAUUCAAACUACGUCUCCAAGGGCAGUACCUUUCUUCCAGUGAAAUGGAUGGCACCUGAAAGUAUUUUUGACAACCUGUAUACAACAUUGAGUGAUGUCUGGUCGUAUGGCAUUCUGCUGUGGGAAAUAUUUUCUCUUGGUGGCACUCCUUACCCCGGCAUGAUGGUCGAUUCGACGUUCUAUAACAAAAUCAAAAGUGGCUACCGAAUGGCAAAACCUGAUCAUGCUACCAGUGAGGUGUAUGAUAUCAUGGUCAAAUGCUGGAACAGUGAGCCCGAGAAAAGACCUUCCUUUUACCUCUUGAGUGAAAUAGUUGAAAAUCUGUUGCCUGGAGAAUACAAGAAGAGUUACGAGAGAAUUCACUUGGACUUUCUGAAGAGCGACCAUCCUGCCGUCACGCGCAUGAGAGUGGAUUGCGACAACACCUAUAUCGGUGUCACUUACAAGAAUGAAGACAAACUGAAGGACCGAGAGAGUGGGUUUGAUGAACAAAGACUCAGUGCUGACAGCGGCUACAUAAUCCCCUUGCCUGAUAUCGACCCUGUUUCUGAUGAUGAACUUGGCAAAAGAAACAGGCACAGUUCCCAGACGUCUGAAGAAAGUGCCAUUGAAACCGGCUCUAGCAGUUCUACGUUCAUCAAGCAAGAAGACGAGACCAUCGACGAUAUCGACAUAAUUGAUGACAUAGGGAUGGAUUCGUCAGAACUGGUUGAAGACAGCUUCCUGUAACUCUGGAGGAAGCAGUGGACAUCUUUGGGGCUGUGAGAAACAACAACAUAAAAGAAGCUCAACAUACAACUCAUGGACGUUUUUGACUGCCGAAGGAAAACCACUUUAUUAGAUUGCAACAUCAGAUGAACUAAUCAGAGGCACAGAGAUCUUGUCCUGGUUUGGGACAUGACUUUUGGAAACCAGCUUUCAAGCUUUGCGUCUUGCGAUACUUGUCACAUAGCAGUAUUGUUUGCAGUUUUAAUAGGUAGGUGGAUGAAGAAAAAGGUCAAUGACAAUCCAGUUUGUGUUUCAAGGGCAUUCAUGACUCAGACGGAUCAAGUUUCCACUAUGGUGAAACAUCACCAGCGUAACUGUGUAAAUACCUGUCCUUACCAGGAUAUUGUGUGAUGGGUAUGGAAUAGACUUCCCCCCCCUAGAAGACCACUCAAGAUUUUACAUAUUUUUUCCCUCCAGUCUCGUCACAAGCUGCUGUUGAACUAUCUCAUGAGAUGAAGUACAUGCAAACCAGAAACCACUUUUGAAACUCAAAGGAAUUGGUACUGGGUAACAUUUUACCUUUCAAGGCUAAUGCAAAUAAAAGGGAACUAUAGACAUUUCCAAACCUUAUACAAUAGCUUAGUAAACCUAGUGACUCUUAAUAACCAUAGAGGAAUAGCUGUUUACCUAUUAUUACUGUCUUCAGUAUCACUAAGUAUAGUUUAUAACUACUCAAUGUCCUUCAUUAAAAACACAGUGUUUAGAAGAACUUUACUAAUGAACUAAAGAUUUUUCUGAUUUACAAGAAACAACUGUUCUAUUUGAUUAAUACCUUUGGUGAAUUAAAACUAGUUCAGUACAUAGGAAAAGUUGAGUGUAUUCUAUGGAAUUCAGAUAUAAUUUCCCAUCCUUAGCAGUAUGGCUUUCGUAAUAUGAUAAAUCUGUAUUGCUCGUGAAUCCUCUUGUAUUGCUAGUGGAACUUUUAAACAGCUGAAGUUAUUUUUAAAAUUUCCCAUUUGCAACCAGAUUUCU